GGGAGGACACGGAGAAGGAGAGCGCCGUAAAGCGGAAUGUUUUGGACAGGGGAGGUCAUUGGAAAGUGAGGCUCUCUGUUGCGGUUCUGGGCGCAGAAGUAAUACAGGUGUCAGAUAUUCUGAUACCAGAGAAGCCUCUGUUGUACCCGCGUUAGUUUUAUUCAAGUGACGAGUUCGAAAUGUUGCGUUUAGCACUGAGACUGAGGCCGGCGGUCAGGGUUAGCCGCCCGGGUGUCCUCUCAGGCCCGGCCGCUGGAGCUCGUUAUGGACCGGUAUCGCGCCAGAGGAGCGGCUCGUGCCGAGUUCGGGCUCUGAGUUCCGGCACACAUGUUCAUCACAGCUUCCUGAACUGCAGAACGCGGGCCUUACAAACACAAAAUGUCGCUUUCAGUCAGAGCAAAAGAGUCUGCAGUCUGCCUCCUCAUCAGAAGGUGGAGCUCCCUGCUUUAUCUCCCACCAUGCAGUUGGGCACCAUCGCUCGCUGGGAGAAGAAGGAGGGGGAUAAAAUUAACGAGGGAGACCUGAUCGCUGAGGUGGAAACAGACAAGGCCACUGUAGGAUUCGAGUUGCUAGAGGAGUGCUAUCUCGCCAAGAUCCUGGUACCGGAGGGUACAAGAGACGUGCCCAUCGGAUCAGUCAUCUGUAUUACUGUUGACAGUCCUGACCUCAUCCCAGUGUUUAAGGACUUCACUCUGGAAAAACUGGCCGCCUUAACUCCAUCAGCAGCCGCGGCAACAGCAGCAGCAACCCCACCUCCAGCGGCCGCCUCCUCAGCUCCCUCUCCUCCACAAGCCCCUGGCAGCUCGUACCCGCCACACAUGAAGAUUCUUCUGCCAGCUCUUUCCCCCACUAUGACGAUGGGCACGGUGCAACGCUGGGAGAAGAAAGUGGGAGAAAAAUUGAACGAAGGCGACUUGCUUGCUGAAAUUGAGACCGAUAAGGCUACAAUUGGAUUUGAGGUUCAGGAAGAGGGCUACUUGGCUAAGAUCAUGGUGCUUGAGGGAACCAGAGAUGUCCCCCUAGGUACCCCUCUGUGCAUCAUGGUAGAGAAAGAGUCUGACAUUCAGGCAUUCGCUGACUACGUGGAGACCGGCGUGGCUACUAGCCCGCCUCCAGCUCCCGCACCGGUGGCAGCUCCUCCCGCUCCGUCUGCCCCAGCGGCCCCAGCUUCUCCUGCUCCUGCUCCUGCUGCUGCCGCUAGGAAGGGCCGAGUGUUCGCGAGCCCUCUGGCCAAGAAACUAGCCGCUGAGAAGGGCAUUGACCUUUCACAGGUCACUGGCUCUGGACCAGACGGUCGAGUAACCAAGAAAGACAUUGAGAACUUUGUCCCAGCCAAGGCAGCUCCUCCUCCAAUUGCUCCGACAGCGCCUGCAGUACCCACGCCCGCUCGUGCUCCAGCUGUGGCACCUGCACCCACCGGCACCUUCACCGAUAUCCCCCUCAGCAACAUCCGCAGAGUGAUUGCUCAGAGGCUGAUGCAGUCGAAGCAGACUAUUCCUCACUACUACUUGUCUGUGGAUAUCAACAUGGACCAAGUUCUGGACCUCAGGAAAGAGCUCAACGAGGAGGUGAAAGCAGACAACAUUAAACUGUCAGUGAACGACUUCAUCCUCAAGGCGUCAGCACUGGCAUGUUUAAAGGUUCCAGAGGCCAACUCCUCCUGGAUGGACACAGUUAUCCGACAAAAUCAUGUGGUGGAUGUUAACGUUGCAGUCAGCACACCCAACGGCCUGAUCACUCCUAUUGUAUUCAACGCUCAUAUUAAAGGCUUAGCUGCUAUCAGUAAAGAUAUAGCUGCACUGGCUGCUAAGGCACGUGACGGCAAGCUGCAGCCGCAUGAAUUCCAGGGUGGUACCUUCACAGUCUCCAAUCUGGGCAUGUAUGGUAUCAAGAACUUCUCUGCCAUCAUUAAUCCUCCUCAGGCCUGUAUCCUGGCAGUGGGAGGCUCAGAAAAGAGGCUGCUGCCUGCGGACAACGAGAAAGGGUUUGACGUGGCCAGCAUGAUGUCUGUGACUCUCAGCUGUGAUCACCGGGUGGUGGACGGCGCGGUCGGUGCACAGUGGCUGGCUGAGUUCCGCAAGUUUCUGGAGAAACCAGUCACUAUGCUGCUUUGAGGUGCUGUCAGCCUAAAAUGCAGAACUCUCAGAUCAAAGGAGGUCUCUCUCAAACGUUACACACUCGGGACUGUACUUUUUUAAAAAUUUUAUUUUAUUUGUCCCCUAUCUUUUUUCUUCCCCUAUCUCUCAUUAUAGUGCAUUUCAUUUUGUUAGGGCCUGGAAUAAUCUCUCAACCCAAAGUAGUACUUUAUUAUGGAUCUGUUUGACUUUAGGAAGGACCGUUGGGGGAAAAGUCUGUGUACGUCAUAAUUUCAAGAGGUCUCUCCUGAGAUUGUGAUGCUUUUUGCCUCUCGCCAUGGUCUGAGAAUUUCUUUAAAAAAUGUUGGAGGAUGUUGUGGUAGAGAAUGAAGAAGUGCAAGGUUUUCCUAAGAAAAAGAUUCAAUCUGUCUUAUUUGCGUGCCAAAUGAUCUCAAGCAGGUUGUAAUGCUGUAUGAAUUAGCCAUCGUAUCUGUGUCAUCUAUGUAUAAAUUUCAACCGCAUACACGGAUCUUUUUUUGAAAGGUGAUCUCCACUUCCUGAGUUAUAAACAGCAGAAACAAUGGUUUCCUCUCUGGUGACCUGUAAAAACUUUCGGGCUUGAAACGCUGGUAGCCUUUAUUUAUUAUAUAAAACUUUCACUCCAGACAAAGCACACUAGUGCCUUUGCUCUGUUCCUAUGACUAUCAAUUAUUUCUUCUGUUAAUGUGGCAAUAUUUUAACAUCUCUAUUACUGUAUCGAUAACGCACAAACACGCAGGACCGGGUGAAUUACAAAAACAAGAUAAAGCAACAGAUCCUGAAACUUAAUUGAAACCUUGAAUUCUAGUAGUUGUUUAUGAAUUCAUGAUACUCUCAGAGAAAAGAGUUUUAUUCAAGUCAUGAAGACAUGGUGUGUAAAUCAAAUCAAACACAAGUUCUAAUAUGAUGUAGUUGGGACGAAAACUAUGUUGUGUACGAUGAAUAAUGAAAGAAAAUAAAACGUUAAAAAUAAAGUUUCUUAUUGAAACUGU